AGACAGGAAAGGACCAAACCUCAGAAAACAGCUUGCCCAUGGAGGGCUGCAGGGGGCGCUCAGGACAGCCCAGCUAAGGGCCCCCACACUUGCUGGCAUGUCCCCCUCCUCCCUCGGGUCUCAGAUGUGUCGCUCUUUCGUGUCGCGGGCAUGAGCUGUUUACCAUCUACCUUUCUCUCCCAGCCUCCUCCUCGCCAAAACCGAGGAAAGGACAUUCGAAAUACGACGGAGGAACGGGAGCCUGACAGCGAGGUGAAAAACCAACCAGACUUCAUAAAGGAAAGAUUGGCGCUGUUUGAGAUAUUGAAGAAAGAGCAUCAGCGGUCACGUGCCACCGGAGGGAGCGAGGGGAGCGCAGGCGAUGCGAUCACAGUGCGAGUGGCUGAUGGGAAAACCGUGGAAGGGGAGGCGUGGAAGACCACACCGUACCAGGUGGCUGCUGACAUCAGUCGAGAGCUGGCUGAAAGCACCGUAAUAGCCAAGGUCAAUGGUGAAUUAUGGGACUUGGACCGCCCGCUGGAGGGGGACUCCACGCUGGAGCUGCUUACGUUUGACAAUGAGGAGGCACAGGCUGUGUACUGGCACUCCAGCGCCCACGUCCUGGGCGAGGCCAUGGAGCUCUACUAUGGAGGCCACCUGUGCUACGGUCCGCCCAUCGAGGACGGGUUUUACUAUGACAUGUUCAUCGAAGACAGAGCCGUGUCCAGCACAGAGCUGCCGGCGCUGGAGAGCAUCUGUCAGACGAUUAUAAAAGAAAAGCAACCUUUUGAAAGAUUGGAAGUCAGCAAGGACGUCCUUCUGGAAAUGUUUAAGUACAAUAAGUUUAAGUGCCGCAUUUUGAACGAGGUUAACACUCCAACCACCACGGUUUACAGGUGUGGCCCACUCAUCGACCUUUGUAAAGGCCCCCACGUGAGACACACCGGAAAAAUCAAAACCAUCAAAAUUUUCAAGAAUUCCUCCACCUACUGGGAGGGCAGCCCCGCCAUGGAAGCGCUGCAGCGGAUCUACGGGAUCUCCUUCCCCGAGAGCAAGAUGAUGAGAGCCUGGGAGAAGGCCCAGGAGGAGGCCAAGAGCCGGGACCACAGGCGAAUCGGGAAGGACCAAGAGCUUUUCUUCUUCCACGACCUGAGUCCGGGCAGCUGCUUCUUCCUUCCCAGGGGCGCCUUCAUCUAUAACACACUGAUGGAUUUCAUCCGCGAGGAGUAUCACCGCCGGGGCUUCACGGAAGUGCUCUCUCCCAACGUGCUCAACAGCCAGCUCUGGGAGGCCUCCGGCCACUGGCAGCACUACAGCCAGAGCAUGUUCACCUUCCACGUGGACAAGGACACGUUUGCCCUCAAACCCAUGAACUGCCCAGGGCACUGUCUCAUGUUUGCCCACCGCCCGCGGUCUUGGAGGGAAAUGCCCAUUCGAUUUGCCGACUUUGGGGUUCUUCAUAGAAACGAGCUGUCGGGAACCUUGAGUGGACUGACCCGGGUUCGACGCUUCCAGCAGGACGACGCCCACAUCUUCUGCACCGUGGAGCAGAUUGAAGAGGAAAUCCGGGGGUGUCUGCAGUUCUUGCAGUCUGUUUACUCCACGUUCGGCUUCUCCUUUCAACUAAAUCUGUCAACACGGCCGGAGAACUUCUUAGGCGAGCUCAAGUUAUGGGACGAGGCUGAAAAGCAACUGCAGAAGAGCUUGAUGGAAUUUGGAAAACCAUGGAAGCUGAACCCAGGAGAUGGAGCAUUUUAUGGCCCUAAAAUUGACAUCAGCAUCAAGGACGCCCUGGGCAGGUCCCAUCAGUGUGCGACCAUCCAGCUGGACUUCCAGCUCCCGCGGAGGUUUCACCUCACCUAUGUCAGGAUGGGGAUGACAAGAAGAGCCCUGUGAUCAUUCACCGAGCCAUUCUGGGCUCAGUGGAGAGAAUGAUAGCCAUCCUGUCGGAAAACUACGGGGGGAAGUGGUAAGUGACAUGGAAAAGGAAACGUGUCUGUUAUUCCUUGGAAGUCACGUCUGAGAGAUCAAACGAACAUGAAAAAAACUGGUGGCUCCUGCCUUAUCAUUAGCCAGCAUGCACACGGCAAGUAAAAAAUUCCCGUUCCCGCUGCCCAGUCAGAAAGUAAAGGCCGAGCGACAUGAAACUGUCUGAUUUGCCUUCCAGGGAACUCAGUAGACUUAUAGAGUCAUGUUCUCACCAUUUCAAGCCUUUGAAAGUUGGAACCUGGGAAUCACAAGGCCCACACUCCCA